AUGCAACAAGAAGUCGUAUCGUUGAUGAAUCUUCAUACGGAUGAUAAUAAGACUGAUUGUUUUAGUUAUGUUGUGAAACGGUGUAAUAUUUAUGCUGAAAAUCUUGGUAUUAUAUUUCAAAAAGUACUCUGUAGACCGUGGCCAAUAUUAUCAAAACAAUCGAUACGAAAGAAAAGGAACCAAAAAUUGUCCAACUUUCAUCCUUGUGAAACAGUCACAUCGAUAGAUAUUAUAUCAAUUUUUCAAUCGAGUAAUAUACGUCAACAAUCAUUAACUGUAGCAUCAAUUCCACCAAAUACAUCCAUAAAAACAUCUAAACCACAAAUAUCAAGACAAUUAUUGGAGAGUUUAGUGACAGCAAUUGACUCAAAAAUGCCUUUAGCACAAAAUUAUAAAGAUGAUGUAUCACUACUUGAAUCUGAGACUGCUUUAUCAAAAGCAAAAACGACUUGCAACACUAUGGACUUCAACAUAUGCCAAGAAACUGACCUAAAAAUUGAUAGUCGAACCAAUCUCGAUACAAAUGACCUUUCCUCAACUACUUCUAGAGCAACAACAAAUGGGAAUCAUAGCAAUAUGUUAGCUGAUGACGAUCUGCCUGAUAUUGAUUCUACUAUAUAUUCAAGUAACAGUACUUGUGAAACGGUAAAUUGA